ACAGUUUUACUCAGCCUUCAGACCUCUGCUCCUUGGAAAGCCCUAAAGAGCCCUGUGCAAUUGGGGCGACUGUGCCUUUCUGGGCCGACUGACGCGAGUGCUGCUGUGCUGGAUAAACAUGGGCGAAGGGAAGAAGAAACGGAGGUACCAGGUAGACCCCUUCAGGGUCUGUAGACAUGAAAACUAAAGUAGUCUGUAGGCUACUGCCAGGCAACAGAAUGGCUGACUAGGAGCAGGCUCCACGAGCACUGUGGUGAGGGGCUGGGUUCCUAGAGCAACAUCUCAUCACCGGAGAAAUCAGAUCGUUUCGGGCUUGAAUUUCCUCCAAGACCAGCAGAGGAGCCAUGGGGGUGUUGAUGUCCAAGCGGCAGACAGUGGAACAGGUGCAGAAGGUGAGCCUGGCUGUGUCUGCCUUCAAGGACGGGCUGCGGGACAGGUCUUCCCUCCAACUCCCAGGCGAGCUUCCAGCGUCCUGCCGUGGCAAUGGAGAGGGCUCUGUCCAGGAGGUGCAGGACGAGAAAGGAGCAGAGGCUAGCACCCCAGUGCUCCAAGAAGAGAGCAGCAUCAACCGUGCGGCCUGGGAGAGGCUCCGAGACGGGCGUGGAGUGGAGCCUGAGGAGUUUGACAGGACCAGUCAUUUCACACCCCCUGCCUUCAUCCGCCCCACCCGGAAGCUGGAUGACGACAAGCCUCCAGAUAUCUGCUUGGAGCCCAGAGAGCCUGUUAUCAACGAUGAGAUGUGUGAUGUCUGUGAGGUCUGGACGGCCGAGAGCCUCUUCCCAUGCAGGGUCUGCACCAGGGUUUUCCAUGAUGGCUGCCUGCGCCGCAUGGGCUACAUCCAAGGAGACAGUGCCGCAGAGGUGACCGAGAUGGCCCACACGGAAACGGGCUGGAGCUGCCACUACUGUGACAAUCUCAACUUGCUGCUAACUGAGGAGGAAAUGUAUAGCCUCACAGAGACCUUUCAGCAGUGCAAAGUCAUCCCUGAUUGCUCCCUGACGCUGGAGGACUUCGUGCGCUACCGCCACCAAGCAGCAAAGCGGGGGGACAGUGACAGGGCUCUAAGCGAGGAGCAAGAGGAACAGGCAGCCCGCCAGUUUGCAGCCCUGGACCCUGAACGUCGCGGACACAUAGAGUGGCCUGACUUCUUGUCCCACGAGUCCCUCCUACUUCUGCAGCAAUUGCGUCCCCAGAACUCACUGUUAAGACUUCUAACAGUCAAGGAACGCGAACGAGCCCGAAGCACCUUCCUGGCACAGGGCAGCGGGAGCACCAUCAGUGAGGCCGCGUGUCGCCGUGCCCAGCACUCGUGGUUCUGCAAACGCCUCCCAGAAGCUGCUUCCUGCAGUGUCAGUGUCAGCCACGUGGGUCCCAUCGCAGACAGCAGCCCAGCCAGCAGCAGCAGCAAGAGUCAGGAUAAGGCCCUGCUGCCCACAGAGCAUGCGUCCAGAUUUGUGGACUGGCCAACCUUCCUGCGGGAGAAUGUCAUCUACAUCUUGGCGGCUCGCCCAAACAGCACAGCCAUUCACCUGAAACCCCCAGGAUAGCGUGGAGCAGAAGAGCUCAGUUCGGGGACAGUGGCAUUCUCUCCCUUUCCUUUCUCCCUUUCCCCCACCAACUUCUGGUACUGAGACUUAUGAGGAUGGAGCACUACCAACAUCUCAAUUUGUCACUGAGCUUUAUGGCACUGAAAUCACCAUUCCCCUCACAACAGAGGCAGUAAAUGCAUUGCCACAAGGCGAAGCCCUGGGAGCUAUGGCAGCACCCAUUCCUGGGGACACACACACACACACACACACACACCCCUUCACUUGAUAGACAGGACCCACCACUGCACAUGUAUAUGCGUACACACACACACACUAACACACACACCUAUCUAUGGCUUCAGAGACCUGGUUCUUUUGGUUGAAAAACAACUCAAGUUCCUUUGUGAAGCCCCUGGUAUAGAUGUGGGGAUCUCUACUUACCCCUUUUAUUGGCCAGUUCCGAUCCCAACAGAUAAGACUCUGGCCAAGUGAUUUUUAAUAAGGGGGAUAUCAGACUCACUUGCUGUCCUGGAGGUGCUGACAGGCUCCCUGUCCCCCCACUGGAAAUCCCUUCUGUGGUGGGCUGCUGUUCUGGUAGGUAUGUCCCAUGUCCCUCAGGUGCGUUGGGGUGGGAAAUGGUUGAAAACCACCUCUGCACUUCAGCCCAUUAUUGAUUUAAAUGCUAAUUCCUGGUAACAGAGAAGGCAACUAGCCCGUGGAGUCCUAAUUAGAAAAGGGGGGGCAGUCCCUUCCAGGUACCCAGAAUUCUAGGAACCUCUCAACCAGGUCAUUCAAGUCCAAAAGUCUUUAGCAGAACAGUCAAAAACCAAGGUGAGCCAUCCUGGCCCCUGUUUUUCAGAUGCCAGCUCAUGGCCCAGCGCCCAAGGGGCCUGCAUGGAACAAGUAUGGUGGUGGGAACCACAGCCAUCUGUGUUAGAUGCUUCACCCAAGUCAGCCAGCACAGAAACCUAAAGCCUGAGCUCCAAUGAGGACAAGGUCUGGCUGGAAGCGAAGAGGAGAAGGCUCAUGCUUUUCCAUCCUUCCAGUUCAAGUCAACUGUAGACCUAGAAAAGCGUGCCGUUGUAUGGAGAACAGACCCAGCCUCUUCCACAGAAGCCCUGAGCAGGCGCUCCUUCCACCCACCCUGACAAUGCGGACAAGAGGCUGCCUCUGAGACGGGGAUUUGCGCCCCAGCAAAGCCUCAUGGGAGGAGGUAGUUUUCCCUUCUCUUCAUCAUGAAGAUAUGGCCUGAGUUGCUGCUUCUCCCUGCUGUUCACUACAUGUUCUUCCCAUCAGGCUAGGGCCUGGCCUGGCCUGGGAGGACUUUGGGGGCAAGCAGAGCUUCCACGAGGCCACCAAGCCUGGCCUCCAUGCUCCACCUGUUCUUCCUAAAUUCUCACCAAGUUCUCAAGUCAGUGCAUGUUGUGGGUCAGCCCUGGCCCUUGGGUUCAGGUUUCUGUUUCCAACCUAAUGACUAAGGUUUAGCCAGAUCUGACUAUCAGGAGUUAUUUGACGGGGUUGGCUCAAUCACGCAGAAGCUAACAUACCGCAUUGCUCAAGUAACUUGCACUCAAUUGAGUGUUUACAGAAGCAGCAUACAGUUCAGGGUUGAGGUGCUCAGAGGAAAGGGAGGAGCUGUAACCAGGGCUGUGGCAUCUGGUCUCCUCCUGUAGAAACUGCCUGACCUAGAAGCAGGGUGAGAAGCUUCUGGGCUUGGGUUAUUUUGGACUGAAAUGAAACCGACAAAAGACAAAUCUAGGUUCAUGUGUAUGACCUUGAACUUUUCAAAACUCACAGCUUUUUGUAAAUACUCCUUAGCCAUACUCCCAAGACUUAUCAAUAGUAUGGGUCGUUAUUCAGUCCAGCUAAAAAGAAAGAAAGAGAAAGCACAUGACUUUAGAGCCCUAGGACUGGCCUCUGAAGCAGCCAGGCCUGGGGUUUUGACUGAGAAGAUUAAAGCACAUUAAGUACAAGGCAUCUUGCUUACUCUCCUGGAAAAUCACCUCCUAUGCCAAUGGCCUUGGGCUGCUUGAUCUCACGGACAGGGUUUUUUGAGUAAAGACAAGUUCUGGGCUUUGAAAGCUGAACAGCUAUUUUUCUCCUGCCUCAUCACCAGUCACAGGGACUGGAAGUCCACCUUCUCGUUACCUGACCUUCAUAGAUCAAGGAGAUGCCCACGUCUCUGCAGUUGCAGCUCCUAGAUUUCUGUGGGUGAGUGAUGAAAGACCAUGGGCCAGAUCAGGCCACUGGAUCCCAGGACCCAGCAAAGCAAGCCCUAGAGUUCUUCCACAAUAGGUCAGGCCCAUUUGGGAUCACCUCUCCCUAACCCAGGACAACAAGCUUCCUUGGUAGUGGUAUGCUGCAGAAGGCCCAGGGCACACAGCAAAGGAAGAGUCUCCAGUCCGCAAGAGCCCUAGGAAGCAGAAAAGCAUGGAGAAGCAACCAGCUGCUGCUUCGUGGGGAUCUAGCUUCUUUUCAAAGGAGAGGUUCCAUUGCUCCCCCAGUCCAGAGUUGUGGAAGCCCCACCGCAAACCCCUGUGUGGGACCUCCCUUUGCAGUGUCCUAAUUCAUGGAGCCCUUCUGCAGUAUGUGUGGAACUAUUCAAACUUAUAAACCUAGUGAACCCCAUUCCCUUUCCUUUUCAAUCCCUUCUAUCACUGUGACUGAAAUUCUGCCAAGCACAAAAAUUAGUUUCUGACUCUAACAAGGAUGAGAGAAAAUGUUUCAGUCUUUUCCUUCUUGACUGCCCAAAACAGAUCAGUGCUCUUCCCAAGUACCACCCCCCCCACCUCCCAACCACGGGAGACUGGGCUUACAUACAGGCUCCUCUGAGGAGCAUCCGCCCUAAGCCUGGUUUCACCCAGCAGUCCUCUUCCCCAUGCUCAGAUUUGAAGACGGGUGUCUGGAUGACACCGUGGAGCUGCAGCGAGAGGGUCAGCUGAGGCAGUAGCUAUGGCCACGUAACCGCUCCAGGUCUGCUCCGUGGCUUCCUCUCCUGAGACCAGCCUUCCCCAACAGAUGCAGCCUCUGCACCUUGGGAUCCCAGGGAUAGAGCAUGGAGCAGUUCCCUCGCUCCUAGGUACUGACCCACUCUCAAGUGCUCUUCUUCCUUUGAGGACAGCCACAGCCAAAGCCAUGAGCACAUCGCCUCUUCCUGCCCUCAGCCCAGUGACUGUGGCUGCAGGGCUGACACUGGCCUUUUUGGCCCCGGUGCUCCCUGUGGGAUGUCACCCUGGCCUUGUUUGAGUGGCCAAAUCUGGGGGUUCCCCUAUUCCUAUCACUAAUAUGGGGAGCACAGAAUCAAACUGCCUGGUAAGAGGGUACUUCACUGGGGGGGGGGUGAGCCCAGGAUUGUGCCAAGGCCUCAGCCCAAAGCACAACCUCAGCUACUGCAGGUCUCAGGGCUUCAGUAAGAGUGAUGCCAGGAAGUCCUAAAGCCAAGAGCCACACUCAGCAGAAGCUGUCUGGCAGGCCCAGGCUCGCCGUGACCACCCAGAGCCGAGUAACCUCUCGGUAGGACUAGUAGCAGGCUCUAAUGACCCUGCAAGCAUGUCCCCUUCCAACCAGCAGAGUAAAAGCAGAUAUAUACUUGGCGCUAAAAGGCAGAAUAACCUUGACGCCAGAAUUUCAGGACAUCCUGGCAGCACCUGUAACUAUAACCCCCUUUUACCUCUCUGUUACAGUGAAAUAGAAUUGCUCCUUUCUCCACGCCACUUAGUUUGAAUUUGCCCAGGAUCUCUCUAUGGGCCUCUGCCUGCAGCCCAGACAACAGAGAUCCCUGCGUGGGGGAUAUUAAUGCAUCAUGCCUGUUCCCGACAGCUCAGCCCCGGAGGGGGGUGGGACUGGGCACUUUGCCUGCUGUUGCUUUCCUGCUGCCACUGCUUUUGGCAAACUUGAAAGAAAAAAUAAAUAGGUUACAGAAUUUCCACUAGACCCAACUAGCACCAAGGCAAACCUUCCCCCUAGGCCACAUGCCCUGAUGACCCAGAUCAUGGAGAGGAUGUCAAGUCUGUCCGGGCCAGGGACUAAGAAGCCCAUUCCCAGUGUGUACAAAUGGGUUGGCGUGACCAUAGAUGUGAACAUCAAGGUAUAAAUAGCAAGUCCUUUCCAUAUCUAUUGUGAAACAUGGGCCUUCAAGCUUAGCCUCCUUUAGGAUCUGUGUCCCAGCCAAACUCAGGCUUGUGAGGGAGUUCUGAGUGCACUCAAGUAACAGUGGAGGAUCCAGAGCCAUGUGGUCCCUCAUGCCCUUCUUGUGUGCUUCUCUGAGGAAGGUCACUGACAGCUGAGGGGAACAUCCCCAAGCCCUGUCUUCCCAUCAUUACAGCUGCAUGCUCCUCCCAACUGCUCAGCCUUCACUCCAGAAGGAGCUGAUGCUCCCACAGGCUGGGCACAGUGGAAAUCAUAAUAAAGAGAUU